AUGGCAGCGUCCGCCGAAGAGCUGCAAGCCGAGAUCGAAGCCACCCGGCGACGGGUGGAAGCAGAGAGGGCCAGGCGCCAGGAGCUCAUUGCCGAGACCAGCCAGGCAGCAGAACGGAACAGGCUGCGCAGACAGCUGGAGGAGAUGAAAACUUGCUUGGCAGAGGAACAGCUAGAAAAUGCGUACGAAGCUGAGCGUCGACGGUCACUUGAUGAGGACCGGACCUGGUGGCAGCAUGCCUCCGAUGCUGCAGGUUCCAUUCUCAGCAAGCAACCUGUGAUGCGAGCAAGUGGUGGCAACAGCAUCAAUUGCGCAGAAACGGUCGCCACAGGUGAGUAUGUCUGGAAAAUCGAAGGCUUCUCCUGGUUGAAGUGCAUGCUGAUGCAGGAAGAGGAGGACUAUGUUGUAGCCUCUAUGCCAUUCCAAGUCGGCAACGAAACGUUCUUUUUCUCCUACAGCCCGUGGGGAGACUAUCUGUGCGAUCAGCAUCAUGGGUCUCUCGCAAUCCUGCCUGACACGAAGGAGUGUGUUGCGAUUCGGUAUCGCAUCUCCGUCAAGGCUUGGAAUGGUGAGUUUGUACAGUGGGGCGACAAGUGCGACGUCGUCCACCGCGGCGACAGGAACAGGUCGGGUGCAUAUGGCCCGGAUGUGCAUUGGCCAGAUCAUCCUCCUGCUUUUCUGGGAAUCUUCGGCCUAAGCCAUGAAGAGCUGCUGCAGUCCGAGUGGGUGGAGAACGACACUCUCACGGUGAAGUUCGAGCUCGAAGUCCGUCCUUAUGAAUACGCAAGCUCACGGCCCUUGAGCCUUACCGCGGAGGUUCCUGCUCCAACUAUGAGUGAAGACACGCACGCGCUGCUGGAGGAAGGCAACUGCAGCGAUCUGCAAUUCAUGGUGCAGAACGAGGUGAUCCAUGCUCACUCGCAGGUUCUCUGUGCACGAUCCGAGGUAUUCAGCAAACAGCUGACGGCGGGCAUGCAGGAGAGCGUUUCCAAAGUCGUCGUGAUCGAGGACUGCGAUGCUGCCACCUUCAAGGCCUUUUUGCACUUCCUUUACACCGACCAACUGCCGGACGCACAGGAGCUCCUUCUGAAGGGCGCCUCAAGUGCAAACGAGACAGAGAGUGGCAGCCCUCAGUUGUCGCGAAUUCAGGCGCUUCUGGCCGUGAGCCACAAGUAUCAAGUGAAGCGUCUUCAGCUCUGGUGUGAAGCGAGGCUUUCAGAACAAAUCGUCAAGUCACAGGUUUGCGGCAUCCUUUGUCAGGCCCAUCUCCUACAGGCGAGGCAGCUGGAAAUGGCGUGCCUCUCAUUCAUCAGACACCACAUGAGCCAAGUACUCAUGAUGCCUUCCUAUGCUGAGCUGAUCAGGAAGUGGCCCCAAGUCGCCCUCAAGGUCAGCCUCUUCUCGGCAGGCGUGUCGGAAACCGAGACGCUGGCUGCCAUAGAUGCUUUCGAAAAGCCGCAAGAGCUACAAUGGGAAGAGCCGACCGAUUCGGGAGAGUUCCUGUACCAGUAG